GAGUCUCAGUACAGAGAGUAAAGACGAGAGAGAGAGAGAGGGGGAGAGAGCAAAGGAAAUGAAAGGAAAGGAAAACAAAGCAAAAGAGAAAAGAAUAAGCAGCAGCAGCAGCUUUCGAUAGAUCACAGAGGCAUCUGUCUUUCCAUUAUUCUCAAGCUCUCUAUACUCACUGACGGACGGAAAGGGAAUGAUAGAUUUGUGGUCUUAAAAGAAGCACAUUUGUCAGGGGUUUCUGCUCCUGUUUAUCCAGCUGCUAUGGGAAGAAAAUCACCUGCAAAAUGGAUCAAGACUGUUUUGUUUGGAAAGAAGUCUUCCAAAUCUUUCAUUGUGAAAGGAAGGGAGAGACCCGCGAAUGAGAAAGAGACAUUGGUUGCUGUCAGGGCCGUGGAAGCGGAUGUGACCUCAGUUCCUCCUGUGGUCAUGCAGACAACAACCCCCACUAGCACUAAUAUCAUUGAAAGGAUGUUAGAACCAGAGAGCAGGGAAACUACGGAAUUAUCACAUGAUGGGGGUGUAUUGUCAACUGGAAAUCAAGAUGCAAAUUAUUCUCAAGUACACGCUCUUGAUGAUGCACCAUUGAGUGCUGAAAAAAUAAGGCUUGAUGAAGCUGCAACAAUGGCACAAGCUGCAUUUAAGGGUUACUUGGCUCGUCGGGCAUAUCGGGCUCUUAAAGGCAUAAUAAGGCUUCAAGCUCUUAUCCGUGGACACUUGGUUAGAAGGCAAGCUGUUGCUACUCUCUGCUGUGUGCUGGGAGUUGUCAAGUUACAGGCACUUGUGCGAGGAAGAAUGGUUAGGAAUUCAGAUAUUGGCAAUGAGGUUCAUAAAAUAUGUAGCCUAGUGAAGCCACCGAAGGGCACCCUUGCAGAUUCUAAUGGAGCUGUUAUCCAAACAGCCAAGCUGUCAUCGAAUGCUUUUGUUCGCAAGCUUCUUGCUUCAUCACCUACUGUGAUGCCUUUGCAACUCCCCUAUGAUUCUGCGGAGCCAAACUCGGUUGCAAACUGGUUAGAAUGCUGGACAGCAUCCCGUUUCUGGAAACCAAUUCCCCAAGCAAAGAAAAUUCCUUAUUCAAAAACUCAGAGAAAGCAUAGUAAUGGUCAAAUAGUGGAAGCUGAAACUGGUAGGCCGAAGCGCAGUGUUCGGAGGGUCCCUGCAGCUAAUCUUGAUAGUACCUUGGUCCAAGCAACCUCUGAAUUUGAGAAACCCAAGCGCAAUCAGAGGAAAGUUUCAAGCCAUCCAGCUGAUUCAAUGCAGGAAAGUCCGCAAAUUGAGCUUGAAAAGGUAAAACGCAACUUACGAAAGGUUAAUAACCUUGUGGUAGAAAACUCUGCUCAUUCAGAGGUUGAAAUUGAAAAGCCAAAGCAAACUCUGGAAAAGGUAUCUGGCACUUCAGGUGAUAAUGUUUUGAGUUCAAGUAAUUCUGCUGAGAAGAUGAAGAAAGAAACUACCAUCACAACACCCGCUGUGCUUGAUGUGGUGAAGAAUGAACCAAACUUGAUGUCCACAUUGCCUGAUGCAGAGACUGCUGAAGAGCCUUUAGAAAUGAUCAAGGCAGUGGAAUCAUCACAUGAGGAUCAAGCUAUAGUAGAAUCUAAAGCUUCAGUUGAUACUGGUGGUAAAGGUGAGAAUACUCCUCAACUAAAUGGGCAGUCCAAACACAAGAAUGAUCCAACAAUCAAUGAAAAUCACAAAACUGCAAAGAAAGCUUCAGUUGCAGUGAAACCAGAACGUGCUGAGAAUGGGACACAGAGCAGUCCUACCCUCCCUAGCUAUAUGGCAGCAACUGAAUCUGCAAAGGCAAAACUGAGAGCACAAGGUUCCCCAAGAUUUAGCCAAGAUGGGGUUGAGAAAAAUAAUGUCACCCGGCGUCAUUCUCUGCCAUCUUCAACUAAUAGCAAAAUCAGCUCCGAGUCCCCAAGGACGCAAAGAGCAGUUCAUGGUAGUGGCAAAGGAGGGAACAAGAGUGAUAGGUCUUUAUUAUCUUCGAGAGAUGGAAAUGGUAAAAUGUUUCUAAUGAACAGUUCACUUCAGUCUGUUGUAUAUGAUAAAGGGACAGGUGUUGCUUCUUUCUUCCAUGUAACUUGGUUCUAUGUGCGCGCAGAGCUCUCUGCAUCUAAAAAUGAAAGGUUCUGCAAGAGUAUUUGUGGAUCUCUGAUGGGACUGUUUCUCCAGCUUCUUGCUUCAUCACCUACUGUGAUGCCUUUGCAACUCCCCUAUGAUUCUGCGGAGCCAAACUCGGUUGCAAACUGGUUAGAAUGCUGGACAGCAUCCCGUUUCUGGAAACCAAUUCCCCAAGCAAAGAAAAUUCCUUAUUCAAAAACUCAGAGAAAGCAUAGUAAUGGUCAAAUAGUGGAAGCUGAAACUGGUAGGCCGAAGCGCAGUGUUCGGAGGGUCCCUGCAGCUAAUCUUGAUAGUACCUUGGUCCAAGCAACCUCUGAAUUUGAGAAACCCAAGCGCAAUCAGAGGAAAGUUUCAAGCCAUCCAGCUGAUUCAAUGCAGGAAAGUCCGCAAAUUGAGCUUGAAAAGGUAAAACGCAACUUACGAAAGGUUAAUAACCUUGUGGUAGAAAACUCUGCUCAUUCAGAGGUUGAAAUUGAAAAGCCAAAGCAAACUCUGGAAAAGGUAUCUGGCACUUCAGGUGAUAAUGUUUUGAGUUCAAGUAAUUCUGCUGAGAAGAUGAAGAAAGAAACUACCAUCACAACACCCGCUGUGCUUGAUGUGGUGAAGAAUGAACCAAACUUGAUGUCCACAUUGCCUGAUGCAGAGACUGCUGAAGAGCCUUUAGAAAUGAUCAAGGCAGUGGAAUCAUCACAUGAGGAUCAAGCUAUAGUAGAAUCUAAAGCUUCAGUUGAUACUGGUGGUAAAGGUGAGAAUACUCCUCAACUAAAUGGGCAGUCCAAACACAAGAAUGAUCCAACAAUCAAUGAAAAUCACAAAACUGCAAAGAAAGCUUCAGUUGCAGUGAAACCAGAACGUGCUGAGAAUGGGACACAGAGCAGUCCUACCCUCCCUAGCUAUAUGGCAGCAACUGAAUCUGCAAAGGCAAAACUGAGAGCACAAGGUUCCCCAAGAUUUAGCCAAGAUGGGGUUGAGAAAAAUAAUGUCACCCGGCGUCAUUCUCUGCCAUCUUCAACUAAUAGCAAAAUCAGCUCCGAGUCCCCAAGGACGCAAAGAGCAGUUCAUGGUAGUGGCAAAGGAGGGAACAAGAGUGAUAGGUCUUUAUUAUCUUCGAGAGAUGGAAAUGUGAAGGGAACCCAACCAGAGUGGAGGAGGUGAUUGUGGAACAUCGCGACCUUUCAAGGAGAUAGCAUAAGGUCUCUUGUUUCAUCUGUCCUUUAUCUUAUUAUAUCUUUGGUGCAAGAUCAUGUGUAACAGUGAAACUUGGUCUAUAACCGGAAUGAGUGUGUUGGAUCUGAAUUCUAGUCUUUUGCCGUGGCUGUUUGUGAGUGAAUGAAUGUACAUCAUAGGUUUUUAAUUUACACUCUGCAAAAAAUCUUGCAUUAUUUUCUAAUUUGAGCUUGUUUUGGACAUGAUUUUGGGCAGUUAAUAGUGUAAUUUUUCUGUUGAUUUUCACUGCUAAA